GGGACGUCCCCCACCCCAGCUCCGACAGAGGGAGCCACUGGCCCAUGAGGAGUUAACCAGCCAUCACCUCCAGGCCCCAGAUGUUCCUAACCAUGACUCAUCAGAGCAUGUGGCUGCCAUUGGAGCUGUCCUUUCACAAAGGAGGGGACAGAAGGAGGAGGAACUUCAGCUUCCCUGGAUCAGCCCUGAGCUCCAGGAUGUCGGAAGAGGAAGCAGAAGGGGGCAGCCUGCAGAAGCAGCUAUGCUGGGAAGAGGACGUGGACCAGAUCCCCCAGGAGCCAGACAGAUGCAAGCUGAGCUCAGCAAGAACAUGGUCUCCAAGAGCAGGGACUUGUAUGUCUGCAGUAACACCGUACCUGCCUAGCACAAUGCCCAGACCGUGGGUUGACCUUGGAGGAACUGUGGUGCACAUAAUUCCACACUGGACUGGGACUGGGACACAGGAUUCCACCCCCACCACACACACACUGCUGCCUUCCAAUGUGGACAACCCCUCAGAGGACAGUGUGGCUGUUCUCACUGGUCUGGGCACACAGGGUGCCCACGACGUGGCUCAUGCACAGCUGGGGACAGCCAGACACCUCAUUGGGCACCAGGAGAAACUGAGGCCCAGAGAGGGCCAGGGAUUUGUCCAAGAUCACGCAGCCUACUCCACUCCGUCUAGAGCCUGGCCUCCAUACCGAUGAGCAGCGUCACGGCCCCAAUCAGGGUCUCCGAGGGACAAAGUGGUACCACCGACUGCUUCCCUCCUGCAAAACCAUGGGGUCAGGGGCUUGGGACUGGGUCAAGUGCAAGGCACAGAGCAGGAGUGACAGGGAGCUGACAGGGGAGCAGGGAGGUGGGAAGUAGCUGCCCGGGCCUGAGGCUGGAGGCUGCAGACCAGGCCAGGCAAGGCGCCGGGACAUGACCCAGUUCGCUGACUUCUAAGAUUCCCAGUCCCCUGUGGGGGCUGGGGGACGAAUGAGAAUGCGUCACAGCCUGUCUCCAGUACAAACUUUCUUUGAAACCCCAUAUUUUAUCUUAGGUCAUAUGCAUUUUUGAUUUUUAUUUUAAAUUAAUACCAACAAGUGGAAUCAGCUCUGGAGCGAGGUGAUCCCUGGUGGUGCAGACCAGCGAGCGUCUAUGGGAGGCCCAACUAAGGACAAGGGGCAGGGGAGCCCCUCCUCCAUGAGGAGGAAUCUGAGGACUCCAGCUCUAGCGUGAAAAUGGAUUCAGGGACCCCUGGAGACUUUUCCCACGAGAGAGGGUGGGGGUGAACACAGGGCAGGGGCAGGGUAGCUAAGGAAGUGAUCAUUUUUGUUUCCUUUCAGCCUGGGUUUGUAUCCUAGGAACUUGUGCAAUACACAUCUUAGUCCAAUAAAUGGUGACUGAUUCUCAUGA